AUGUUAGAUAGUCAUUCAUUGGACGUGAUAUCGCGGUUUAAACAGUCUGUGUUAUCGAAAGCUUUGCCAGGGCCAGCCCCUGAAAUUGGAGCUACCAGUAGAGGAAAUAAAAUUACGCCAGCCAGGACAAGCGAUAAUUCAUUAAUACCCAAGAUUGUUGAAUAUGAAGGAUCAACACAUUUGGUAUUGACAAAUGAUGCUAUAAUGAAGAGCACUUACAGGAAUAAGCGCAGGUGGCAUGAGAUGUAUGGAGAGAGAGACGAAGAAAGUGAUAGUGAAGAAUAUGAGGAAGAAGACGAUGAAGACAGCGACGAUGAACACCCUUUUAAAAAGCUCAAGUUAACUGAAAUUUUAUCACCUUUAACGCAUCCAUCAGAGAUUAUAUCUCACCCUGCUAUCCUGAAGACAUAUAAGCUGACUAUUUUCAAUAAGAUGUCUUAUGAAUUGAUCGAAUCAAUUGAAUUGGAACAAAACAACUUGAAUUGGUUGAACAAAUUGCUUCUGGUCUUGAAUGGCGAGGACUGGUUUUUUUUGCUAGAGGAGAACCUAGGAUUACUAAAGUAUGACCACGGAUUAAAUGAUGACUCUAAUAAUAAUACAGCCGAAAACGACGAUACUCAUGAAGCUAAACAGGAAGAGCGCAAAUCUGGAAAUAGAUUGCUGAAACAUCUGACCGAAACUAAUGGUCACCAAGAUAAUAAGGAGACUGAUGAGAAACAAGAGAGUGUUGAAGAUCCUCCAAAACGAAUCACAAGAACUUCCACAUCACAAAAUGAAAAAGAAUCAACUGAAGUCAAUGACCCAUUUUUUGCUCUUCCAAAAACCCUAGCCAAAUACGAAGCACAUCAAAAUCAAGUUGUGGACGAAAAUAGUGAUGAAUUACUUAUCAUCCAAGAAGAUUUAAUCAAUUAUUUGCAAGUUAGCGUUCAAAGACAACAAGAAUACAUCAAGAACUUGAUACAAAUAAGAAAUGGAUUAGUUAGAGCUGAAAGAUUAAAACAAGAUUUACAUAAAUGGGGUAAAGAGAUGUACGAUAAAAAAAGUAGUUGA